CCACUCUUCAUGCAUUUAUACCCUCCCUCUCUACUUUCUCCUUCAAACUUCUCUCUCUCAUCUAACACUGUCUUUGGCCAUGGAAAACCAAACCGGUCUCAAGCUCAGAAUCUCUCGCAUGUUCAGAUCCUCCUUCGGUUCCUGUCGAACAAGACACAUAGCCGAUGUGAUGGAAAAAGCAGUUUUUGCACCACCCACUUCCAUUGACCCACCCUCUCCCAAAACCACACCCUUUGCUCCCUCUUGUAGGUCCAAAACAAUCAAUGACACUUGCAUACUCUCCUUUGACGAUUCUCAUUCUCUCUCUAGACGCAAAAUCUCACAUUUUUCAUCACCUUUUCUCUGGGCCAACACCACCACUGCCACCACCAACAACCUCAAGCUUAACCUCGGUGUCAUGUCGUGUCCCCCCACUUCUCCCAAAGUUUCCCUUAACACAAUCCAAGACCACGAUUUCAUUUUCCACGACAAGAAGAAGACUUCUUCUUCAACAAAAAACGUUAAGACCAAGAAAAAGAAGAAGAAGAAGAGACGUUCCCAGAAGAGAAGGGACUUUUUCCCUUUCAAUUCAUGCUCCAAAGACACCAACUUUGGUGGCUACUGGUGGUACAGCAGCAACGAAGACGAUGAAACUGACACCCUUUUCUCCUCCAAGAGCCUCUCCUCCGACUCCUCCAGGUCCCGGCGCCGUGGCCGGAAAAGUGACCGGAGCUCCGACAUGGGUGUUCUGCCGCUGCACGGGAAGGUGAAGGACACGUUCGCGGUGGUGAAGCGCUCGAGCGAUCCUUACAGUGAUUUCAGGACCUCGAUGCUGGAGAUGAUCGUGGAGAAGCAGAUAUUUUCGCCAGCGGAUUUGGAGAAUCUCUUGCAGUGUUUUCUGUCUCUGAAUUCGUAUCAUCAUCAUAAGAUCAUUGUCCAAGUCUUCACGGAGAUUUGGGAGGCUUUGUUCUCUGACUGGUUUUGAUAUCAGUAAAACAAUAAAUAAGAGGGAGAAAGAAAAUAACCUCUAUCUUGUCUUCUUUCUCUCUGUUAUUUGUGUUAGUUAGUUUCCAAGGAAAUUUAAUUAGUUCAGUCCUUCUAACUCGCUUUGCAUGUAUGAUAUGAAAUGAUAUUCCAUCUUCUGCCUGCCACUCAGUUUAAUUACUGAACACUUUUCGUAUGACAUCUAAUUUUCUUAUCUUUGUUGCCACUGUUCAAGAUUCUUUUCUAUCUGUUGGAAUGUUGGAGUUAAUCUCUUCAAAUGUUAUUAAAAUCUAACAUUUACUCAAGUCAGGGGGAUACAUCUUUCAAUAUACUAGCAUGUUUAUGGGAAAACCAAGCCUUGGUCACAUAAUUAAAGACAUAAGAUAGGCAUAGAGAGAAUGUGUUUGGUUUGUUAUAGUUGUUAAAGAAUGGGGUGUUCGUGUGUGGAUACACUGACAAUUAUGGAACUGUGGUUGCAAAGGAAGUGGUGAGAUUGUGAAAAGACCUAAAAAAAGAGCACUUGUCUUGUUUUUGGGGUGUGGAAAAGACUGCAAAAUGGAAAUUGGAAAACAAGGGGGGCGAUGGAUGAGUUCUUCCUCUCCUCUAGGUUUGGACUUGUGAGCCUGGAGUUUGAAAGAAAUGGUGAUGCGAUGGGGUGCUUUUUUUGAUUUGAAUGGGGCAAAGAAAGUGCUUGAAUUGAAAGCACAAAAGCAAAGCUGUCUCACUCUCCCGUGUUGUUGAAUUGGACCUUUUUCAAAUUCUUUUCAUCUGGAUGCGCCAAAAGAGCACAAAAAGACUAUCUUGUAUUG